AGACAACUUCAUCUUUGAAAGGAGGUGGAUGUUUUGAAUGAGAUAAGGAGUAACGUGCAGAGUCCAGGACUCCAGGGCUGCAGAGAUUCAUUUCAUUCCAGGCCAUCUUUGAAUUCAGAGAAGGAAGUACCAUUUGGUACCAUUGCUACUUUCCAAUGAUCCAGCUAACAGCCACCCCAGAAAGUGCACUCAUCGAUGUGCCUGUGCACAUCCGGGCAACAGGCCUGCCUCCAUCACAAUCUGUGACCCUCAUAGCAUCUCUGAAGGAUGAGAAGGGUCGCUGUUGUUCAAUCCAGAGCCUCUACAGAGGCAUGAGGAGAUGGUAACUAGACCUCAAACGGGCUCCUUCUCUUGGAGGUGACUUUGUGGGAGUCCACCCCAUGGGCCUCUUCUGGUCUCUGAAGCCUGAGAGAACUUUCCAAAGGUUGAGUGAGAGAAGGGAUGUAAUAAAUACUCCCUUUGAAAUCACUCUGGAACUCUAUGAGUCCAGCGUGACACAUAUAACAGAGCCCAUUUUGCCCAAAGCCCGCACUAUAGUGAAGCGCUGGUACUCCAGCGCCUGGGGGUUUCAGUCGAUCCAGAUUCGAAAGGGAAGAGUUCGAGGAGCACUUUUUCUCCCUCCAGGAGAAGGCCCUUUCCCUGGAGUCAUUGAUUUGUUUGGAGGUGUUGGGGGUCUGGUUGAAUUUCAGGCCAGUCUACUGGCUUCUCAUGGCUUUGCAGUGCUGGCAUUAGCCUAUUUUAACUUUGAAGAUCUGCCCAAAUACCUAUUGGAGGUGGACUUGGAAUACUUUGAGGAAGCCACCAACUUUCUGCUAGCACAUCCUAAGAUCCAAGGACCUGGUAUUGGAGUGGUAGGUGCAAGCAAAGGUGCACAGAUUGCCCUAGCCAUGGUUUCUCUCCUGAAACAAGUGGCGGCUGUAGUCUGCAUCAGCGGGUUCGAUAUGGUCAAUGAACCGGCGACAUUCAGAUACAAGGAACUGGUUGUCCCACCCGCAGUUGCCACCCCUGAGUAUGUGAAGUUUGAUGCCUUCGGAGCUUUGAGCUUCCGCAACCUUAACUUUGACACCCUGGUUAAACAGAAUCAGAAGAGCGUUAUUCCUGUUGAAAAGGCCGAAGGUCAGAUCCUCUUCAUUGUAGGAGAGAAUGACGAAUGUGUCAAUAGCAAACUGUCUGCUGAGCGUUGCCUGGCCAAAUUACAGCAUCAUGGAAAAAACAAUGGAAGGAUGCUGUCAUAUCCUGGGGCCGGCCACAUCAUAGAGCCCCCCUAUUCACCCUUGUGCUAUGCUUCCCGUAACCCUGGUUUUCCCUUUCCCCUGCUCUGGGGAGGAGAUCUCAUUGCUCAUGCAGCAGCUCAGGAACACGUCUGGGCAGAAAUACAGAAAUUUCUCAGGCAACACCUCACUGAGACCAAAAGUAAGCUCUGAGUAAGGCUAAGGAUGACAGGGUAGAAAACAGAAAAUGAAGAGAAGCAGUCAUGUUAACACUUGGGAAUCAGUUGAAUUAAUUGCAGGGAAGUGGACAAAACGCAAACCCCAUAAACAGUUGUUUCUGAAGUAUUUCUGAAAAUGAAUGUACUUUCAAUGUUUCGGUAAAUUGAAUAUUAGUUUAUAUGCACCAGAAUAUGUCUUUAUUUCAAAAUUAUGAGACCAUUACAAAUAGAAUAUUCUAGUGCACUGCAGGUAGAGACACUUGAGAUGUAGGUCUUACCAAUACUAAUUCCGUUGGACUUUCCAAGUUAUUAAUUAAAAUGCAUUUUGUUUAAACUAACUUGAGUCGAGACUCUCAUAUUUGAUAAAACUUAUAAUGCCACAACCAAGUGUAGGAAUUUCCUGUAGAUUUCCAAUAACUGUGUUAGAAGAAUUUUUUUGCUAACAUAUUGAUUAUAUAAUUGGUUUUAUAAUUAUUAUGAAUAAUACUUUUGGGAGCAUUAAUAAUAUUACGAUAUUCAUUAUUAAUUAAAUAAUAAUAUUUGGGAGUACUGCUCUCAAAAAGUGCUCAUGGUGGUGCAUGGUGGUCAUGCUUAGCUAGCUAUCCCAACCUAAUGAUCUCUGCAAGGGUUC